CCCCCGCCUCCACUUAUAAAAGGAUCACUUUGCCUGUUAGUAGUCAUCAUCUACAACUUGUGUCUAGAUAAGGGAGCAAAUAAAACAAUAGCAAGGGAGAAGAGUAUUUGAGUUCUUCAUCAAACAAAAUGGAUCGAGGUAAGGAAGUGAAAGUGUCGAUUCCAGAUCUGCCAGGAGUCCGAUUCCGUCCGGACGAUUGUGAGGUGCUCUAUUUUCUCAAGGACAAGCUUUUGGGUCGUCUUGAACUCCCUCCUGGUCUCAUCCAAGAAAAUAUUGAUCCCUACAUUUAUGACCCUAUGGAACUUCCCAAAGGUGAUGGAUUUAAACGUGAUAAGAAAGCAUUUUUCUUUACCAACAAAAAAGAGAACCAGACUACCAAAGAUGGGUUCUGGGGGCAUACUACAACUGAACAUAUCUUUGACCAUGACCACAUUCUGGGGCUGAAGAAGGAACUGGUUUUUUCUUGGGCAAUACAGAACCAAAUAAUAAAGACCAACUGGGUCAGCCAUGAGUAUAGCAUAAGCCCUGCUAUAUUUUCGGAUGAAGAGAGGAGAUCAAUUGGAGAGAAGUUUCUCAGAUAGAAAGCUAUGUGGUGUGUGGAAUUCAUUACAAGUUCGUGGAUCCUUAUGACAUGUCUGAUGAAGAAUAGGAAUUUUAAUAGCAUAGGUACAGAUUUGUGGAACAUUAUAUGUGUUUCUUUCUUUUUAUCAUUGCACUAUGUAGCAAAGAUCAACAAUUUAUUGGGGUUUGAGUAUAUUUCAUUGUUUAUGGGUC